AUGGCACAGUCUGGGACCCUACCCACAGGCUUCAGGGAGGUGGAGGUGCUGGCAGUGGGGACAGUGCUGCUGGUGGAAGCUCUCUCCGGUCUCAGUCUCAACAGCCUGACCAUCUUCUCCUUCUGCAAAACCCCAGAGCUGUGGACACCCAGUCACCUGCUGGUGCUGAGUUUAGCACUCGCGGACAGUGGGAUCAGCUUGAACACCCUUGUCGCAGCCACAUCCAGCCUCCUCCGGCGCUGGCCCUACGGCUCAGAUGGCUGCCAGGCCCACGGCUUCCAGGGUUUUGUGACAGCGCUGGCCAGCAUCUGCGGCACUGCAGCCAUUGCCUGGGGACGCUAUCACCACUACUGCACACGCAGCCGAUUGGCAUGGAACAUGGCCUUGUUCUUGGUGCUCUUUGUGUGGCUGUCUUCUGCCUUCUGGGCAGCUCUGCCCCUCCUGGGCUGGGGCCACUAUGACUAUGAACCGCUGGGGACAUGCUGCACCCUGGACUAUGCCAAGAGGGACAGAAACUUCAUCAGCUUUCUCAUCACCAUGGCUUUUUUCAACUUCCUCCUGCCUCUCUUCAUCACAUUCACAUCCUAUCAACUCAUGGAACAGAAGCUUGGGAAGACUAGCCAUCCUCAGGUGAACACCUCUCUGCCCGUCAGGACGUUGCUCCUCGGCUGGGGCCCCUACGCCCUCCUGUAUCUCUAUGCAGCUGUUGCAGACGUGUCCUCUGUCUCCCCCAAGCUGCAGAUGGUGCCCGCUCUCAUUGCCAAAAUGGUGCCCACAAUCAAUGCCAUUGACUACGGCCUGGGCAGUGAGAUGGUCCAGGGAAUCUGGCUGUGCCUCUCGCCACAGAAAAGCAAGCAGGUCCGAGCCCAGUGA